AUGGCCACUCCUUGCCUGCCGGGCCUCGUCAUUCGGCCUGCAACCGACAAGGACAUCGACACCAUCGCGCGAUAUGGGGCUGCCAUCGCACAGGAGACCGAGGACUUGACCCUUGAGACCAAGGUCAUCACCGCGGGGGUUGCUGCCGCAAUUGCAGACCCCAGCAAGGCACGGUAUCUCAUCGCUGAGGUGGAUGGAGCCCCAGUGGGGAGCCUCAUGCUGCAGAAGGAGUGGUCUGACUGGCGGAAUGCAGAGUACUGGUGGAUUCACAGCGUCUAUGUGGUUCAGGACCACCGCGGGACCGGCACUUUCAAAGCCAUGUACGAGUAUGUGGAGAAGGAGGCGCGGGAGGCUGGUGCGGCAGGGCUGAAGCUGUACACCGAGACCACCAACGAGAGGGCACAGAAGGCGUACACGAAGAUGGGGAUGGAGAACCACGCCCUAGUUUUCGAGAACGUCUGGCUGAAGCACUGA